AUAGGAAACCAGGUUUUUUGAAGCCAAGUUUUUGUACAAACCUAUAGCUCAUAACAAUAUUUCCUCUAUAUUGUUCAUAUAAGAUACCAAUGGUAGUUAUGUCCAAACCAGCAAUGGAGCAUCACUGUGCAGCCACCACAUUGUUCCCUGAAAUCCCAUUAAUCGACCUAUCGAAACCCGAUUCCAAAAAUCUCAUCGUUAAAGCCUGCGAAGAAUUCGGAUUCUUCAAACUAAUCAAUCACGGUGUCCCAACUGAAUUCAUUACCAGAUUAGAAUCAGAAGCCAUUAAGUUUUUCUCCCUGCCACUCUCUGAGAAAGAAAAAGCAGGCCCUGUUGAUCCUUUUGGUUAUGGAAACAAGAAAAUCGGCUCCAAUGGCGAUGUGGGUUGGGUCGAGUACAUACUUUUAACCACGAGUAAUGAAGCAAAUUACCAGAAGUUUUCAGCCAUCUUCGGUGAAGCUGCAGAGAAAUUUCGUUUUGCAGUGAAUGAUUAUCUGUCAGCAGUCAAGAAAAUGGCUUAUGAGAUUCUUGAAAUGCUUGCUGAUGGAUUGAAAAUUCAACCAAGAAAUGUUUUUAGCAAACUUUUGAUGGAUGAAGAGAGCGACUCUGCUUUUAGGCUCAAUCACUAUCCUCCAUGCCCUGAGCUAAAUCAAGAAAUGAAUGGCAUGAAUUUGAUUGGAUUUGGAGAACAUACUGAUCCUCAAAUCAUUUCGGUUUUGAGAUCGAACAAUAUAUCUGGCCUUCAAAUCUCGUUGAAAGAUGGGAAUUGGAUAUCCAUCCCACCGGAUCAGAAUUCCUUUUUCAUUAAUGUUGGCGACUCGUUACAGGUUAUGACUAACGGGAGGUUUAAUAGCGUAAGGCACAGGGUCAUGGCGAAUGGCUCGAAAUCGAGACUUUCUAUGAUUUAUUUUGGUGGACCGCCUUUGAGCGAAAAAAUAGCUCCAUUGCCCUCAUUGAUGAAAGGAGAAGACAGUUUGUACAAGGAGUUUACAUGGUACGAAUACAAAAAAUCUGCAUACAAGUCAAGAUUGGCCGAUAAUAGGUUGGGCGUAUUCGAGAAAAUUGUAGCCUCGUAAUCGUUCGAUAUAGGCUUAUUGUUAACAAAAUGUGAUGUCAAAAUACUCAUUUAUAGGGGUUUCUAGAUAGUUGAUUUGAGUUUGCCAAAGAUGUUCCUUUUUUGCUUUGUCUGUCUUUUUUUCUCAUAUUCUGACAACAUUAGAUGAAUCGAAGGCACAAGAUCUGAUGUUCAUUGUGAA